CAAAAAUCUGAAAAGAGCUGACUGGAAACGUCUGAAACUAGCCGCCUGAUGUUUUAAACGACAGCGUUUUGGACCGUGAUACCCGAGUUGAGAUUCCAGACGGCGCUGCCUCUUCAAGAAAACGCGUUCGUUGCGCCACUCUUUUAUUUGUUUGGCUUUCUUCACCACCAUUUUCCCAUUUCUUGCGACCUUCCUUUUUUUUUCCUUUUAGCAAAGGCUGUUCUUCAUUUUUUUUUCUAAAUUUAUAUAUUUUAGAUUAUUUACUCGUGCUUUUAUAUAUUUCAUCUUCAUAUUUCUUCUCUUUCUGAAGGACUUUGUAGUCUUCUUUUUUUCUUUGUAUCCGUGGCCGUUCUUGAAUAGAUUUAACUAGCCUUUCGGCGGGUUUGGGAGAUCUAGGAAAAAGAAAAACAUGGCUGACUCAAAACCAGACCAGCCUUUGAUGCCAUCAUCAUCAAGUAACCUACCUGAUUUUAAGAAAUCAGUUAAGCUAAAGUAUGUGAAGCUUGGAUACCAUUACUUAAUCACCCAUGGAAUGUACCUCUUCCUUACCCCUCUUGUAGUUGUCAUCGCGGCGCAGCUCUCGACCUUUUCUGUUAAGGAUCUUUUUGAUCUUUGGGAGCAUCUUCAAUACAACCUCAUUUCUGUCAUAAUCUGCUCGGCCCUUCUUGUUUUCUUGUCAACCCUCUACUUUCUAACCCGCCCUCGCCCUGUUUAUCUUGUCAACUUUGCUUGCUACAAGCCGGAGGAAUCUCGGAAAUGCACGAAAAGGAUGUUCGUAGAUCAGUCACAAUUGACUGGUACAUUCACAGAGGAGAACCUUCAGUUCCAGCGUAGGAUCCUUGAAAGGUCUGGACUAGGGGAUUCAACAUAUCUUCCGGAGGCGGUCCUCAAUAUUCCCCCUAACCCGUCAAUGCAUGAAGCAAGAAAAGAAGCGGAGGCUGUUAUGUUUGGUGCCAUCGAUGAGCUUUUGGCUAAGACCUCCGUAAAACCCAAAGACAUUGGAAUUUUGAUUGUGAACUGCAGCUUGUUUAAUCCAACACCAUCGUUGUCUGCCAUGGUUAUCAACCAUUAUAAGCUUCGAGGUAAUAUUCAAAGCUACAAUUUGGGAGGAAUGGGUUGCAGUGCAGGUUUGAUCUCGAUAGAUCUUGCGAAACAUCUUCUUCAAGUCCAUCCAAACUCCUAUGCAUUGGUUAUCAGCAUGGAGAACAUUACCCUGAACUGGUACUUCGGAAAUGAUCGUUCGAAACUUGUAUCAAACUGCUUAUUCAGGAUGGGAGGGGCUGCAAUACUGCUCUCUAACAAAUGGUCCGACGAAAGAAGAUCCAAAUAUCAAUUGGUUCACACUGUUCGCACUCACAAGGGUUCAGAUGAUAAAUGCUUUUCCUGUGUUACACAGGAAGAAGACUCCAUAGGGAAGAUUGGUGUUACAUUGUCGAAGGAUCUCAUGGCAGUUGCUGGUGAUGCCUUAAAGACCAACAUUACCACAUUGGGGCCUCUGGUUCUUCCAAUGUCUGAGCAGCUUCUUUUCUUUGCUACAUUGGUUGGCAAGAAGCUUUUCAAAAUGAAGGUCAAACCGUACAUUCCGGAUUUCAAGCUAGCUUUUGAGCAUUUCUGCAUUCAUGCCGGAGGAAGAGCCGUUUUGGAUGAACUGGAGAAGAAUUUGCAGCUGUCAGAAUGGCACAUGGAACCAUCAAGAAUGACUCUCUACCGGUUCGGGAACACCUCAAGCAGUUCUCUGUGGUACGAAUUAGCUUACUCCGAAGCUAAGGGUAGAAUUAGAAGGGGUGACAGAACAUGGCAAAUAGCAUUUGGUUCAGGAUUCAAGUGUAACAGUGCAGUUUGGAAAGCUUUGAGGACGAUAAAUCCGGUAAAGGAGAAAAACCCAUGGAUGGAUGAGAUCCAUAAUUUCCCAGUUGAUGUUCCAAGGGUCUCCAUCAUCUAAAUGACAGAAUUGGGUGGUGGUUUCAGCAUUGGGUGCAGGAAACCUUUGCAUUUAGAUAAUCUAGUUUUUUAAGUUAUUUAAAUGGGACUAGCUUUGAGUGGGAUUAUUAUUGUUGUAACAAUUUGUGGAAAGCAUUGAUUCGAGGGUGUUAUGAGAAAACAUUAGAACAUUGUGUUAUGAGAAAACAUUAGAACAUUCUUUUUUACUGAGAUUAUUUCAUGAGAUGCUUGGGCUUUCUUCCAAGAUCUUCAUCAUUUUAAA